UGUUUUCCCGUCAGUGCGGAGUUAACUUGAUUCAAGAAAGGUCGUAUUUAUGAUGGCGGUUCGGUUAGGUUGUGUUACAAGUAUCUUGCGUAAAUGUACGAGUAAAACCGGUACGCGAUGCAUGUCUUAUUACCCGAUAGACGAGCAUGUGUUUGGACUCUCAAGUGAGCAGCAACAGCUGCGAAAGUCUGUUUUCGACUUCGCUCAAAAGGAACUGGCACCACAUGCAGCACAGAUAGACAAAGACAACAACUUCCCCGGGUUAAGAGAUUUUUGGAAGAAAUGCGGCGAAAUGGGACUUCUUGGUAUUACGGCGAAUCCAGAUUUUGGGGGAACCGGAGGCAAAUAUUCAGACCACUGUGUUAUAAUGGAAGAACUUUCCAGAGCCGCCGGUGGUAUAGCGCUGUCGUACGGUGCUCACUCCAAUUUAUGCGUCAAUCAAAUUAACAGAAACGGCACAGAUGAACAAAAGGCAAAAUAUUUACCAAAGUUAUGUUCAGGUGAACAUAUAGGAGCCUUAGCGAUGUCAGAGCCUGGCGCGGGUAGUGACGUAGUAUCAAUGAAGUUACGGGCUGAUAAGAAAGGAGAUUACUAUGUACUGAAUGGAAAUAAGUUCUGGAUCACCAACGGACCCGAUGCUGAUGUACUAGUGGUGUACGCUAAAACAGACCCAGCUAACAGUAAACCACAGCACGGUAUAUCAGCGUUCCUUAUAGAGAAAGGUUUCCCAGGGUUCACCACCGCACAGAAAUUGGACAAGCUCGGUAUGAGAGGGUCCAACACCUGCGAGUUAGUGUUUGAAGACUGCAAGGUACCAGCAAAAAACAUCCUAGGAGAAGUAAACAAAGGAGUGUACGUGUUGAUGUCAGGGCUCGACCUGGAGCGGCUGGUGCUAGCAGCUGGGCCAGUCGGCCUGAUGCAGGCGGCUAUCGACACUGCCUUCCAGUAUGCACACACUAGGAAACAGUUUGGAAAGAGCAUUGGGGAGUUCCAGUUGUUGCAGGGUAAAAUGGCUGACAUGUACACGACGUUAAGUGCAUGCCGUAGUUACCUGUACAAUGUUGCUAAAGCGUGUGACGAAGGACAUGUGAAUAGCAAAGAUUGCGCAGGAGUCAUUCUGUACUGCGCAGAAAAAGCAACGCAAGUAGCACUUGACGCCAUACAAAUUCUUGGUGGAAAUGGCUACAUAAAUGACUACCCAACUGGCAGACUACUCAGAGACGCAAAACUGUAUGAAAUCGGGGCUGGCACGUCAGAAGUAAGAAGAAUGCUUAUUGGAAGGGCAUUAAACAGUGAAUACAAAUAAAUAGUCAUCACAACAAGUUAUCAUUUAUUAAAGAAUUUAUUUAAGAAAAA